AGACCUUCGUCGCAUAAUAAUACAGAUACAGAGCAGUGGUUUCGGCGCAUAUUGCCAGACGCUGCUGGCCUGGCCAAACCUCCGAUCCUGCCGUCUCGAUCUCUCUUUCUCGCUGAUUUCUUUCUCCGAGCGAUCUGUAGGGUUCCCGCAAUUGCCUCGAAAGCGGCCACCAUGAAUCGAAUCGUAUUAGGAGGUAUCACGGCGAGAGCCCACCGGGCGACUUCUGGCUUCUUCCUUGGUUCUUCGAGAACCCUACAUUCACUGUCUUUUGCUACGGUGCCAGUUGAUCUUUCAGGUUCUCAGCCAGCAGAAGUAAACAACUUGGUGCAGGGUCAGUGGAAAACAUCUUCUACUUCAAAUUGGCUGCUUGAUCCCUUGAACGGGGAUCCUUUCAUUAAAGUUGCUGAGGUUCAGGAAUCAGAAAUCAAGCCUUUUGUGGACAGCUUGUCUAGGUGCCCAAAGCAUGGACUUCACAAUCCAUUUAGAGCUCAAGAGAGAUAUCUACUAUUUGGUGAAAUCUCAGCAAAAUCAGCACAAAUCCUUGGACAGCCUGAAGUUUCAGAAUAUUUUGCAAGGCUUAUCCAGAGAGUAUCUCCAAAGAGUUUUGCACAAGCUCUUGGUGAAGUCACUGUUACUCAGAAAUUUUUGGAGAAUUUUUCUGGCGACCAGGUCCGCUUUCUAGCUCGAUCAUUUGCAGUACCAGGCAACUAUCUUGGGCAGCAAAGCCAUGGCUAUCGAUGGCCAUAUGGUCCAGUUGCUAUUAUCACGCCAUUUAAUUUUCCAAUGGAGAUCCCUGUGUUGCAACUAAUGGGGGCACUGUACAUGGGCAAUAAGCCAAUUCUUAAAGUUGAUAGCAAGGUAAGCAUUGUGAUGGAGCAGAUGCUUCGGCUACUUCACGAUUGUGGCUUACCCAAGGAGGAUGUUGACUUCAUCAACUCUGAUGGUAAAACAAUGAACAAACUUUUGAUAGAGGCAAAGCCACAGAUGACACUUUUUACUGGAAGUUCACGAGUGGCUGACAAAUUGGCAGUGGACUUAAAAGGUCGCAUUAAAUUGGAAGAUGCAGGUUUUGACUGGAAAAUUCUUGGCCCGGAUGUUCAAGAGGUUGAUUAUGUUGCAUGGGUGUGCGAUCAAGAUGCCUAUGCCUGUAGUGGUCAGAAGUGCUCUGCACAGUCAAUCCUCUUCAUUCAUGAGAAUUGGACUGCUAGUGAGCUUCUAUCUAAAAUACAACAUCUAGCAGAGAGAAGGACACUGCAGGAUUUAACUAUUGGACCUGUUCUUACUUUUACAACAGAAAGCAUGCUAGAACAUGUAGAUAGCUUGCUUAAGAUCCCAGGAUCUAAGCUACUCUUCGGUGGUCAAGAAUUGGAGAAUCAUUCUAUUCCAAAAAUCUAUGGAGCCCUGAAACCAACUGCUGUCUUUGUUCCAUUAGAAGAAAUGCUUAAACCUCAUAACUUUGAGCUUGCUACAAAAGAGAUCUUUGGGCCAUUCCAGAUUGUUACCUACUACAAGCAUGAUCAACUCACUGAGGUGUUGGAUGUUUGUGAGAGGAUGCAUGCACAUUUGACCGCUGCUGUGGUCUCAAAUGAUCCCUUGUUUUUGCAGGAAGUUCUUGGGAAAUCAGUGAAUGGGACAACAUAUGCUGGAAUCAGGGCUAGGACCACAGGAGCUCCACAAAACCAUUGGUUUGGGCCAGCUGGUGACCCAAGAGGUGCAGGAAUUGGUACACCUGAAGCAAUCAAACUUGUUUGGUCUAGUCACCGAGAGGUUAUACUUGAUAUUGGGCCCGUGCCACGCAAUUGGGAACUCCCACCACCUUCAUAAACCAAUUUCGAACAUGAUAGACUAGUAAUCUAUCGGGUUAAACAGCGAGGUUAAUGCUUUUAAAUGCAUUCGAAAGGAUGGCUGGAAAAUAAAUAGGGAAAAUUUCUUCAGGUAUAUGUUUUGAUGGAAAGUUGCAAUUUGCAUAUUUUUGAUUUAUAAAAUUUCUUGGUCAA